AUGGCUAAUUCUCGCCCUCUCCCGCUCGCCGAAGAGUGGAAAGACCCGGAGUCGUACGUCAAGGAGUUGCUGAACUUUGCGACAUCGUCUAUUCUAUUUAUGAACCUCUGUGGUGGAGUGCAUAUCCUCGACUUUCUGACGCGAAAACCUGACCUCUAUUCGACUGUGCUUCCGGCUGAGUGGAGGGAGUUUUUCGAGUAUCACGAUGUUCAUGAAGUUCUCCAUCUUCUUUUGCAUGAGAACAUUGAACCACUGCGGGGCCCUCAAGAUGACGAGAAUGAUGAUGAUCAAACCUGGAACGGUGGCGCGCGUCCUCCUCAAAGUCUGCUAGACUACAUUCACAAUAUUCGCCGGCUGAGUCUGCGGCGAGAGUUCGAUGUACCACCGCCUUCCAUGAGAACUCCGCUUCCAUAUAAGACUACCGUUGGUAUGAACAAAAAGAAACUCCAUGAAGUUGAAUUCUUCUCCCGUCACGUCGCUUCGCUGUCGGAUGUGGUGAAUGAGCGUCGGGGUGAGCCUAUAUCCCAUAUUGUCGAUUUUGGAUCUGGCCAGAACUAUUUAGGUCGGACGCUAGCUAGCUCGCCUUACCACAAGCACAUUAUUGCAAUUGAAAGACAUCAUCACAACAUCAGUGGCGCCCAGGGAAUGGAUGUCCACGCUAUGCUAGCGAAAAAGAAAGAAAAAAAGGUAUUUGUGCAUAAGCGCAAGACUUCUUGCAACGACUGCGAUGGCAAACCGGAGGUUGCAGAUUCUGGCGAGACCCCAACAUCACCGCCACAUCCAGAACUGCCACAACCUUCAAUCGAUACACUUUCCGCGCCGGAUACUGCUGUGGAAAAAGAAGAAAUAACUACAUUCAAAAUGUUGGGCGAAAUGGAUUUGGGUCCCAACGAAUUGCGAGCUUCUUCAUCGAAAAAGCAGUCGCAGCAACAAAAGCUCGAGGAGGCUGAAGUCGACACCCGCGGCAAGCUCAGUUAUAUUGAACAUGACAUCUCCGAUGGAUACCUGGAACCGAUAAUCAACCAUGUGGUGCACCCAUCCCAGGUGUCGACUCCCAAUCAAACACAAGACUCGAAUGAAACUUCAAUCACGGUCAACGUGGACGAAGAACAACCGAGCGACGCUCGUGUUAUGGUUGUCUCUCUCCAUUCAUGCGGUAAUCUGUUACAUCACGGUGUACGAUCCCUGGUCCUAAACCCAUCAGUUGUGGCUGUUGCCAUGAUCGGUUGCUGUUACAACCUCAUGACCGAGCGACUGGGGCCUGCAACUAAUACACUUCCAAUUCUCCGCUCCCUCCAUCCACGAUUAAACCAAACUGGAAAUUCGUAUGAUCCACACGGAUUCCCUAUGUCUCAGCGCUUCGAAACAUAUGAAAGUGAAGGCACUACUGGAAUGAAGCUCAAUAUAACCGCUCGAAUGAUGGCCGUCCAAGCGCCCUACAACUGGGGUCGCGAAGAAAGUGAAGGAUUCUUUACCCGCCAUUUCUUCCGCGCUCUGUUCCAGCGUGUACUCGUCGACAGAGGUGUUGUGCCCCAACCCGGUAUCCCUAAGGAUCUUUACAAUGAUGCCGGCGAGCCCAUCGAUAGGCCCCCACCGCUCAUUCUUGGAUCUUUGCGCAAGUCGGCUUUCACGUCAUUUACUGCGUACGUACGAACUGCUACCGUUCGGCUGAGCCGCGAUCCUCAUCAUGGUACGAAGAUUCAGGAGCACAUUUGCACCAUGACCGAUGAUGAGCUUGAUCGCUACGAAAAAGAAUAUCAGUAUGCCCGGAAAAACCUGAGCAUGGUAUGGAGUCUUAUGGCUUUCAGUGCACAAGUCGUCGAGGCUAUUAUUGUGACAGACCGAUGGCAGUUUUUACGCGAACACGAUUCGGUCAAGGAAUGCUGGGUAGAGCCGGUUUUCGACUACUCCAUUAGUCCUCGCAACCUGGCUGUGAUUGGUAUCAAGGCAUGA